CAAUAUUAAGUUGUGAAUCUCUCCGACAGAUGGCAGUGUCACAAGACAACCGCUGGCAGAAAGAUGCCGCCGACCAGAACUUCGACUACAUGUUUAAACUUCUCAUCAUCGGCAACUCGUCGGUGGGCAAGACCUCCUUCCUCUUCCGCUACGCUGACGACUCCUUCACCUCGGCCUUCGUCAGCACCGUCGGCAUUGACUUCAAGGUCAAGACGGUCUUCAGGAACGACAAAAGAGUGAAGCUGCAGAUUUGGGUAAGUCCCGAAGCCAUUGAUAUACAAGGCUGUUGUUGUUGGUGGUGUUUUAGCUAUUGA